UGAGGCACAGAGCUGGGCUGGUGGUGGGAUGCUUGGCCCCUGUCCACGCCCUAUGCCCUGCCUGCAUGCCUGCCUUUCUUCCCUGGGGAGGUGCUCUAAGACUGGUUGGAUCUGCACUCCUCGCACAACACGAGUGGCUUGGCAGCUUGCGGUGCAAGAUGGGGAGGAAGCUGGAUCUCUCCAAGCUGACCGAUGAGGAGGCCAAGCAUGUCUGGGAGGUGGUUCAGCGUGACUUUGACCUGAGGAAGAAAGAGGAGGAGCGGCUGGAGGACCUGAAGUGCAAGAUCGACCAGGAAAGCAGCAAGAGAGAGUUCCUGACCCACCAGUCCCACCUGAAUGAAACACACUGCGUGCACUGCCUCCAGCCCUUCAAGUUCCUGCUGAACAGCAAGCGGCAGUGCCUGGACUGCCACUUCUACACCUGCAAGAGCUGCAGCCGCUACAACAAGAGGGAGCAGGGCUGGGUCUGUGACCCCUGCCGCCUCUCCAGGGUGGUGAAGAUCGGUUCCCUCGAGUGGUACUACGAGCAUGUGCGAUCCCGUUUCAAGAGGUUUGGAAGCGCCAAGGUGCUGCAGUCCCUCUACGGCAGGCUGCAGCCAGAGCAGAAGGGGAAUUCGGCACUCCUAGGUCUUCACGACAGAGUUUACAGCCUGCCAGACAUCAACAGUGAAUGCCAGCUCCCCACCAAUGGUGGCAUUGUGGAUGACAGUGACGAUGAAGAUGAUGCACUCCGUGGAGCGGAAGCAGAGUGUUACAGCAGAAUGCGCAAGACCAAGCGCCUGCUGUCCGUGCACCCCUUUGAUUUUGAGCUGGACUCAGAGUACUCUGCCCAGUCUCGCCGCCAGUCUGCCCAGCUCUCUCCAGUGGCCAUCAGCCCUGACACUUUCCAGUCCUUCCCAGAUUUCCCCAGCCCGGCUGAAGAUGCCCCCCGAGAGCCCCGGCUGGAGGAGGCUGACCUGGCGGCCGUGUUCCGUAUCUUGAGGGAGCAAGAGCAGCACCUCAGCCCUCCGGAGCAGCACUUCAGCACGGAGGUUCGGCUCACUCUCAAUGCACGCAGACGGAGCCUGGACAGAAGCUCAAAGCCUGGCAGCCCCUGGAUCGAGCAACCCCGGUCCCCGUACUCUGCAGACAUGGACACCUCGGAUGAGGAUGUGAAAGGAGCCCCGAAGCUCACUGCCUGCCUGCCUCACCACCUGAAAUGCCGGAGCAGAGCCUCUUCCCAGGAGAACGUCAGCCACAACUCGGGAAGUCAGAUUCAUGAGCUCAACAAACGCAUGUCAGUGAUCGAACGCAUGCUGAACCGCUUGGAGGAAAAAAUCCUGGUGCGCUCUCCUGAGUCUCCAGCCACAGAGUCCCAACUCGAUCCCGAUGCCGAGGAGGAGGAGUUGAAGAAGAAGCUGGAGGAAUUCACCAGCAACAUCAGCGACAGAGAAGUCUCUUCUGAAGAAGAGGAGUGUGAAGAAAGGAAGGGAGUGAAGAGACCUGAGAUGAGCUCCUCCGGUGAUGACAUGGCCAGUGAAGCUCGGAAGAGGUCCUCAGCACAGGCUUUGAGUGAAAUCACAGCCAAAGCACUGAGAGCCAUAAAUGCCACGGAGAAAGUGGUCUCUGAGUCACUGCAAGGACAGAGCUGGGGCAGUGGUGGCCGUGCCCUGCCCAGAGGGCAGCAUCUCAGCAUGGAGGAUGGGAAAGAGGCGGCCGAAGCAUACCGAGAGCUUGAGGAAAAUGUCUACCUGGCUGCUGGCAAGGCCUACCAGCUGGAGACAACCCUGACAGAGCUUGAGGAAGGGGCUCGGCACGGCAGCACAACCAACUCAGAGCUGUUAGAGCUGGAGGACAAGGUGGCCUCGGCGGCUGCACAGGUACAACAGGCAGAGAGCGAGGUAAGGGCUUACCCCUACCGGGAGCUGCUUCACCCCCAGCCCAGCAAACAGAGCUGGUUGGGAGUCCUCCAGACACUGCCUGCCUGUCUUGUUUUCCUUCCUCUAAAGAUAUCGGAUAUUGAAUCUCGAAUUGCGGCUCUGUCUGCUGCGGGGCUGACGGUGAAGCCAGUGGAAAAGGCGAGGAAGAAGUCAAGCGGGCAGGCCUUCCACCUCUGCUCCCCCAACCCCACCAGCAGCAGCCCAGGGGAGUCUUUGGAUGAUGUUAAGGCAAUAUCUGGGCCACAAGUCCUCAGGAGAAGGUUCAACAGUCCCAUUGAAAUCACUGGCUUUGAUGACUCCUUCGAUCGCAACUCGGUUUACCGUGGCUCGCUGACGCAGAGGAACCCCAAUGGGAAGAACAGAAGAGUGGAGCGUCUCUUUGCGAAGCCAGUGAUGACCCACCUGCCCUGAGGAGGAGACACCCACCCACCACCGCAUUUCAGUGACAGUGCAGGACCUUGGCACACAGCCUUCCCCCAAUGCUUGCCCUUCCUUCUGUGGCCGCGUCCCCCUGGAAGCUGGGAGAGAAAGGAACUAGGUGUGGAGUGUAGGCUCGUGGCUGGAUAUUCUUGAGGACCAUAUCUGUUUGAGCAGGAUGCUGCCCUCCUCAUCCAUCCAGAAGGGACACUGUUCAGUUUAAUGGGAACUACUGGUGGUGAUGCCAGAGGAAGUGUCCCCAUGGUAAAGCACAGUGUCCCAGGACCAGAUCUGCAUCCCAGCGCUGGUCCUGCCACCCUGCCUCAUCCCUAGGUCAUUGCUUCCCUUCCCUGCACAGGAGCAGCCACUGCCUUGCUCCCAGCAAGUGCUUGGCCAGCAGCUCUUUGCACUAAACUCAGUAAAUACACACUGAGGCUUCUUGCCUGAAACAUCUGGGCUCAUAUGGGGACAUGAGCAAGGCAAGGCUUGCGGGAAGAGGUGGCAGCUUUUCUGAACCAGAGGGAAGAGGGCUUGGGAUCAGUCUGACCAAAGGUGCCCUCUAUCCCUGCAAGGCUCCAUCAACGGGCUCAGAAGGAAUCCAACACCAACCUCUCCCCAGUCCGCAGAGAGGUCUGCUGGAGGUGUGUCCGUGUCCACAAGGGGCUAUGCUGGCCCUGAGCUCCUGGCAGGCAGCAGCAGCGCUGCUAGCACACUCCCACUCACCCAGGCUGGCUGUUUUUCUCCACCUUCUGCUUUCAUUAGCUGGAGACUUUGGAGGAGAUUUGUGUUUAAAAACUUCAGCUCAGUAUCUGCCGGUCCCUGUCCUUCACCUUUGGUAGUAGCAGAGAACACACUAUCUAGAAAUUAGUCCUGCAGUCAUCCCAGAGCAAUUGUGUGAGUUUGGAGUCUGGAAACCUACCUACUGUUGAUGGCACAAAACCAGUUUCCUUCUUUAAAAUGAAAUUCUUGUGGCCUGAAGUUCAAAAACAGAAAAGAGUCGCAUUCAUUGCAAUGAAAUUGCUCCGUGCUGAGCUCACAUUAAAAUGGUUGAUCUUGUUGUGAAUAAAUCUCAUCUCUGCCAGAUCGAGCUGAGGGCACAGUAGGAGACAUGGGACACUAGCUGAUAGCUCCAGUGUCACUGGGCUCUAUGGUUUUCCUAAGAUUUCUUUUACAAAAGUUCCAUUGCCAUUUUCUAGCAAUCCUGAGUUUGAGAAGUGACAUUUUUCCCUACUAAGCUGUACCUAGGAAAAUGCUUUCACCCUCCCUGGCUUGCAAGCACUUGACGGCACACACAUCGUGCUGGUUUGCAGGAGCUGAGCACAAAUCCCUGCAGAGCUCCACCAAGCUCCAGGCAAUGCUGUGGGAUCAUUCUGGUGCCAUGGUUCAGCCCUCUCCCCAUGCACCUCUCGCUGUACCUGGUUCCAGCAGUAGGCCAAGUCCUGUUAGGCAGACUCUUGACCCUCUGAAGCCCUCCCAGUGAGUCUCAGCAGCAUACAAUAAGGUGAUGUUCAGGUUGUAGUUACCCACAUUAAUAUUUGCUGGUCUCCUGCCUAAACUGCCUGUGUAGAGAUUAUAUAUGUGUAUGCUACAUCAUGCAAUAAAGCCAGCAUCAGGUCCAGAACCCACA